UGAUACAUGCUGGCUUGAAAGGCAUGAUACACUCAUUCAAUUCAAAGAGCUCUUUGACUCUAUCAUACAGUUCUUUGAAGAAAUGGACAGAACUUCUCUGUCAUCAGAAAGUGCAGGUUUUCUGGCUUCUAUUCCAUGAUAUGACUUCGUCUUAACUUUGACGGUAAAUGCUGCUAUAUUUGAAAUUACUGUUUUGCUUUCACAACACCUUCAGGCUGUUGCUUAGAUCUGAACCUUUGCUAUGAGAUGAUAAACAGGGUAAUAAGAACACUGGAACAAUACAGAGAAACCAAAUAUGAAAUAAUUUUCCAAGAGGUGUGUCAUAUUGUAGAACCUUUGGACAUUGCAGUGCAGGCACCCAGAAUUGCCAAACAUUCGGCUAAUUGUUCAAAUAUAGAAGCACCUGAUGCCAAGGAAUACUACAGAUUGAAUGUAUACAUUGAUUUUGUAUUGGGGCAGUUGAGGAGUCACUUUUUGAGAGCAGGGCACUCUUCAAUUCUCAUACCAAGUGCCAUCGUAAAAACAAAAAAUCUGAACUCUUUAUUGGCAGCUGCAUGUGUUUACAGCAGCAACUUGCCUCAACCUCUCUUGUUAUCAGCAGAAAUAACUCUUUGGAAGGAGCUCUGAAGAGACAGAGAACAUCACCCCCAAACAGCAGCAGAGGCACAUCAAGAGAGAAAUGAAUUUUUACAUAAUAUAAAAAUUCUUUUACAAAUUCUCACUACAUUACUAGUAUCUGCUUGUAGUGUGGAGCAUAGCUUCUCUUUGCUUAAACUGACAAAGUUGUACCUUCAUACGACAAUGAUGGAUGACAGGUUAAAUAGUUUGGCUGCCAUGUAUAUACACUGAGAUAUAUCUGGCAGCCUACAGCCUGUUGAUGUCAUUGAAGAAUUUGCAAAGCGUUAUCUGAGAACACUUUCUAUGUGUUAAAUGAGCAAAAUAAAAUUAUGUGUGCUUUUUAGCAUAUUAAUGUUUACCUUGAGAAAGCCUAUACUCAGUUGAGUCAAGCCCCUCCCAAAACAAAAUCCUGGAUCUGCCACUGCCUAUGCUAAAACUUCCACAUGUAAAUAUGGUACCUGUAUGUUUAUUUAUCUAAUGUUAAAUAUUUUUGCUCUAGUUGUAUAGGGUGUAUGAAAAGAUAUGAUGUGUACUGAAUGUAUAAAAAACUUACCAUGUAUGACCUGUGUCAUCACCUUCUUCACAGGACAUGAAAUACAGAUCAUGCAUUAGA